UAUUAUAAACUUGUGAUAAUUAACCUUAUAAUUUUUCUCAACACUCGUAUUUUUUUGAAAUAUUUAAUAUCCUUAUAAACAGGUCAAAAUGACAGACAAUUCACGAAAACCAAGUCUUUUUGCAUUAAAAAUGCAAAAACGACAAAGAAAUCAACAAAAUAGCAUGUCUAUUGAGUCCGAAUUCAACGAAAGCCCUUUUGGAACUGCUAGUGUUUUACUGAGUGGCCCUGAAGCCACUGAUAUACAUAAGGAAAACAUACAAAAACUCUCUAGUAUGAGUGUUGAGGAAGUUUUAAAAGCAAAACAUGAACUAAUGAAUAGCAUAGAUGGCAAAGUAAUAGAAUUUUUUAAAUCAAGACGUAAUAAUAAUUUUAAUCAUGGGAAGUAUGAUAUAAAAUCAGCAGAUACUGAUAAAGUUCAGCUACAAGAUAAAAACAUAGAAAAUAAAAUGAAAAAUUUACCUCAUAUAAAAAAUCUUGUUAACAAUGGUCUAAAUAUGGAUGUAAUUGAAGAAGAUAAACUUGGAUGGACUGGUGAUGUAAACAUUGAAAAUCAGAACCAAGAAAUCUAUUCUGCUCGUUUCGGGCUUGAUGGAAAACUAUUACCUUAUGCAGUUAAAAAUAAAACUACAGUUGAUGGUUUACAUCAUCACGGCGAAGAACAACAUCGUCCUGGUUAUACUCUAGAUGAGCUAUAUUCAUUUCUUCGUAAAAAUCAUGCUCCUCAAAGAAUACUAUCCUUAGACAUAUUAGCUAAACUAAUCAACAAUGCUUCUACAUAUGAUACUGUUUUAACUAAACCUCUUCUAUGUUCUAUUAUGGAUUCUGGUGUAUUUAUUUUAUUCAGAAUGGCUUUAGAUGACACCAACAUUGCAAUUAUUACAAAUGCAAUACAAGCUAUAGGAAGUUUAUUUUCUAGACAGUCAGACCGCAAAAUGUUGAAUGGUUUAUCAGGUUGUAAUUGUGACAUUGCUUUACCUGUUUACAUAGUCUCAGAUGCAGAAAUUGAUCAAAGUGAAUUGGAUAAAUCAUCAGAUUAUGAUUUAGUUGUAUUAGAUCUUGUACAAGGAGCAUUGAGAACUGAUUUAAUUAUAAGAUUGCAAUACAUUGUUUUCAAUAUGAAUAUAGGAUUAAAAAGUCUUGUAGAUAUAUCUGAAAUUUUAACUGGCAUUGCUUCUCGAGGAGAAAAAUAUGCAUUUAUAAUUGUUGAGACUAAUUUAUAUAAACAUUUAUAUAGUUUAGUAUUUACAAGCUUACAAUCAAAUGAUUUAUCAGAAAGCUUCAUUUAUCUCACACGAGUAAUUAGUAGUAAAUCAGUAAAAUGUGCUAAAAAGAUUUUGGAAUUAAAAAUUCUAUAUUCUAUAUUUAAGUAUAUACAUACUCCAACAAAAACACCAUUAUUAUUAGAAUGCUUAUACUUAUGGCAGACUUUUUUUGAAUACAAAUUGGCUGAUCAAACAAUUACUGAAGUAGCCAAUCUGGUAUUAAAGUUUGUUGAUCGUUCAAUAGGGUUAAGUAGUGAUUUAACAAAAACUGAUUUGGCUCUGAUGUCAGCAAGCUUAAGCUUAAUUGAAUCAGCCUUAAGAAAUUUUGGUCAAGUAUAUAUUGAUCCUAUUUAUCAACUUACAGAGGUUAUUUUGUCCAAAUUAUUGCUCAAUUCAAAAUUACCAAAUUUUGAAGUAUCAAAACUUAUUGGUAAUUGUUUCUCUGUUUUAAGUUCUAUAAACUUAAAAUUUAAUGAUCUCACUAUGAAAGUAGUUGCAUAUUUAGAUAAACAUUUUGGAAAAAUGUGUGAAAUAUUAUGUGAUAAUUCAUGGUUAAUGAACAAUUAUAUUAACAAUAGUCCAAAAUGUUAUCCCAAUCUUGGAUAUAUAAAUUUAACAUUAAAUGAAGGUGAACCUUUGUUCAUUUUAAUUGGAAUUAUGAAAUUCAUGUACAAAAAUCCUAAGCAUUUUGAUGUCCCAAUUCAAUUUUGGACAUAUUUAAAUAAACUAAUGAAGUCAUCGAUAGAAGUAUCACAUUGGUAUAGCAGAUAUGAAAUAAUAUUUUUAAUAUACUUCCUUAAAACUUUGAUGAACAAUAAUUUUGAACUAGAAUCAACUCAUAAAAUUGUCAUAACACUAAUGUCUUUUAUACCAAAAUUCAUGGCUGAAGAUUUGUGUUAUGAUUUGAACUUGUUUUUUAGUAGUUCUUAUAUAGAACGUAUUAAGUUUAAAAGCAAUUUUGAAAUUUUAAAAUCAUUCUAUGAAAUGUUAAUACCCAUUGCCAAAAGCACUUGUGCUAGUAUAUUAAUUACUGAAUUAAAUCCGGUUUUACCUAAAGAUUGGUUAUUUAUACCUAUUAUAAGAAUUCACGAGACUGAAUAUUUUAAAAGUUCAAAAGAAGGUGAAACUCUUCUUAAAGAAGCAUUAGCUAAUAUAUUGUUUAUGGAAACACAUUAUCCAGAAAUUAGUGAACAAACUCCUUUAGCUGCCCGUUAUUGUCGUGUUGCUUGUACGUUUAUGUGUGGUCGUCGUGGUACUAUUUUUCACGAGGUUAAAUCAGUAUUAAAUCAAAUUUGGCAUAUAUAUGCUUCACAUAAUAGAAAUUUAAAUUUUAAAGAUCCUAUACAAGGGAUUGAAUCAUUCUAUGAUUUUUACAAAACACUUUGUGAACAUUAUGUGAGUGUAUCAUAUUCUGACCCGGUUUUUGGAGCUUAUAUACUGCUACCUUUACAAAGAAAACACAGUGUUGAACUAAGGAAACUAGUAUGGUCAGAAAUAGAUUUGCCAGAAACAAUAAAUAUUGAUGAAGAACAUCUUAUUAAAAUACCACUAAACAAUUACAUAGAACCUGUUGAAACUAAUGAAGAACUUCUUAAGAUGUAUUCUAGAGCUUGGAGUUUAAGACGGAAAUUAAUUAUGUACAAAAUUGCUAUAUCACAUUUAAAACAACUUUAAUUUUUUUUGUUAAUUUUUAUAUAUUUACUU